UACGUGGGAGAAGGGGUGUGCACUGCAAAGAGAGAGAGAGGUGCAGAGGACUCGACAACAGAGGCGAUCGUGAGAGGGAAGAAGUUCAGGUCAAGAGUCGGUGCUCCACGGCAUGCAUCUCGGGAUUUUGAACAUUUGGGGACAUGGCUUUAUUUUUAGAGGUGUUCGUGAUGAAACCUAAGGUGACGUCUUCAUCCAUUCUAUGACUUUGUGACUCGUGGGAAGUCCAGUAUUGGAUAUUUGGCAUCGCCUUCUACUGACAUGAAACAUCAAACCACAUUUUUGGCUGUUUGUUGUUGGGCAGCCAUCCUAAGGACUUUUGUAGAAAAUGAAUGUCCACCUGUUUACAGGACUUUUGUGAAUUUUUCUGUCAAUUAUGAUAUGGAGUAUUUCUUGGCAAAGAGUGAAAUACAAAAUAUAGUUGUUGAUGAGAAAAAACUGUAUGUGGCAUCGCGAAACUUCCUAGAAGCUGUGAAUGAUGAUCUUUUGAAGGAGUGGGAGCUAUGCACUGGUCCAGCCGGCAGCUCAGAAUGUACAAUUUGUCAGUUGUGUGCCUUGGGGAAAGACACGGUGACAGAAGAGGAUACAGAUAAUCGCAUUCUAGCUCUAGAUACAGUCAUGUCAGUUUUAUACAGCUGUGGUAGCUCCAUGUAUGGGGUAUGCUUCUCGCACGAGCUCAGCACUGACAACUCCCUGCCUACUUCAUCAUGUCUUAAUCAAAAACCAUCAAAAGGCAGCGAGAGCUGUCCAGAUUGUGUGGCCAGUGCUUUGGGGACAAAAGCUACUCUUGUUGAAGAUGGUCAAUCGCUGUUCUUUUAUGUGGCCAACAGCGUAAAUAGUACCUUGACUCGGAAUUACCCUCGAGAGUCGAUUUCUGUUCAUCGUCCGCUCUCGUCAGGAGGAGGAUUUGAAGAGAACAGUCCUGGGCUAACUGUUCUACCUCGAUUCGUUGACUCGUACCCCAUCCAAUAUGUAUACAGCUUCAUAUCAGGUGACUUUGUCUACUUCUUAUCAGUGCAAAGAGAGAAGCCUGACGACAAAACUUCCCCCUUCCAGACUCGGUUAGGCCGCCUUUCGAGUACAGAGAGGGACAUGGGCUCAUACCGCGAAAUCGUCCUCGAGUGUCGCCACGAUCCUAAACGGAGGAGAAGAGCUGUGGGUUCCAGCGAUGUGAUUUACAACGUCCUUCAGGCGGCUUACCUGAGCAAACUUGGGAGGGAGUUGGCCCAGGAAGUGUCCGAGCAGGAAGGCGCCGAUACCCUUUAUGGGGUGUUUGCUGUAAGUCAACCAGGGAGUAGUGAGCCCACAUUGAGUUCGUCCCUCUGUGCCUUUCUCAUUAAGAGCAUAGAUGCCUUCAUCGAGGAUGGAGAGAAGCAAUGCUGUGAUAAAGGAUCUGCCUUGAGCCAACCGCUUCCUCGAGGACUUGAGUUUUAUCAGAAUUUCAGCUACUGUCCCAAGAAGGAGCAAGCCGGAACUCCAAAUUGUCGUCAGCAUCCAACGUUCAUUCCUGGAUCCAUUAAUCGAUUAGAUUAUUUUAAUGGGAAAAUGACAAAUGUCUUGUUUACGUCGAUCCUUGUCACGGUAAUUGAAGGAAAGACGGUGGCUCAUAUCGGGACGUCAAAUGGGAGACUUUUUCAGGCAGUUCUCCAAAGAUCGACACAAGUUUCCCCCUUUGCUAACUACACUCUGGAUGAGAAGUAUCCGGUUUCGCCAAUUGCAGCUGGACUGAAUGCAGACUUCCUGCUGUUUGUAACUGGUAAUAAGAUAACAAAGGUACCAGAAAGAGGACCCGGUUGUCGUCACUUCUUGACAUGCCCGAAGUGUGUUAGUGCACCUUCUUUCAUGAACUGUGGUUGGUGUGGUAACGCCUGUACUUGGCGUGAAAACUGUUCAAUGGAAUGGAGGAACUCCUCUUGCGCACCUGUUAUUAAGGCGUUCAUCCCCAAGUCCGCCCCGCCGGUUGGUAACACCAAGCUGACCUUAUGUGGGCACCAUUUCCAAGCAUUUCCAGCCAUCACCCCUACUUCCAGCUCUCACUUGGUAAAGGUGGGGAAGCAGACCUGCGUGGUGCAGCCUUUGAGCGUCAACUAUACUCAACUUGUUUGCACUCUGCAGAAUACUGGAAAUAAUGAGCUUUCGACACCUUAUGAAAUUGUGUUGACAGUUAAUGAAGCAAAGGGGAACAGACUGUUUAACAUCCAGGGGGAGAGCAGGAUUGACGGAUUCAUGUUUGUGAUGCCAAAUGUGAGCUCAGUCUCUCCCUAUUUUGGUCCCAUGAGUGGAGGAACCACUAUAACUUUGACUGGAACUCAUCUGGAUGCGGGAUCCUCAAAGAAGGUUAAGAUCGACGGUGAAGAAUGUAAAAUUGUAAGUGUUUCUCCUGAGGACUCUUCCAUAGUGUUCAUAUCCCCACCAAGGAACAGUAUAGGAAGCGUACCUCCAGAAGUUGAAAUCGAUACCUUUAAGGUGCCUGUGAGCUCAUCUUUCCAGUACAGGGAAAAUCCCGUCAUCACCGACAUCUUCCCUAACUGCAGUUUUAGCAGGGGAUCCAAUAUCACAAUUAUAGGCAAGAACCUCGACUCAGUUUAUCGUACCAAUGUCAUAUUUGUAAACCGAAGAAAAAAAUAUCCACCUCAGGUUUGUGAAUCUGCUGAAAGUUCAGAGAAGAUGGUAUGCAUGACCCCCCGCUUGGACAUGACCAGCGAUUCUCUGGAGGGAACUCUCUUGUUUGAGAUGGACGGGACUCAAGGUCUCAAGAACUUUACGUUUCAUUAUCUCCCGACUGCUGAAGUUUACCCAUUUGAAAGUGAAGGGGGCGUUAAGAAUUUGGACUUCAACGAGAAUGAGGUGGAGAUACACCACAAGGGACUACAUUUAGCAAGUGCUUGCAUGACCAUCACAAUGACGAUUGGAGACGUGGACUGCAAUGCCAAGGUUUUAAGCAAUGAAGUGACCUGCAGGAUACCCAAAGACCUCGAUGUGCCAAGCGAUGGCUUACCUGUGAAGAUCUCUAUCAAUGGAGAAGAAACCGACUUGGGCAGAGUGUUCAUUCAAAAGAAUAUCCAUCCAGCAGUUUACAUUUGCAUUGCGAUGGUGAUCCUGGUUGUGUUUGCGCUACUGAUCGCUUUGUGGUGGUACAAAAGGAAGAACAAAGUUGACCUGGCCAAGCAGCGCUUGAGUCAAUUCCAUGAAGUCAAUGCAAACCAGCCCACACCUAACGUGGUUAUGAUGCCCAUUGGGGAUUACAGGCUUGAGGUUCCACGUACUCCGAACACAGGCUCAAGCAGUGCGUUUUUUUCAAGCACAAAUGACCGCAGAAGUCGUGAUGGGUCACUAGUACCUCUUCUCCCAAAAGAAUAUAUCUCCAUCAAUAGCUUCCAGCCAGAGCUUCUGGAAGAGGUGAAGGAUGUACUGAUUUCAGCCGAAAAGCUCAAGGUGAAUGAGGAUCAGGUCAUUGGAAAAGGCCACUUUGGAAUAGUUUACCAUGGAUUUUACACUGACCCCAAUGGAAAGGAAAUUCAUUGUGCUGUGAAGUCAUUAAACAGGAUCACGGAUGUGGAGGAGGCCGAGCAGUUCCUCAGGGAAGGCAUUAUCAUGAAAGAAUUUCAUCACGUCAAUGUCCUCUCUUUGUUGGGAGUGUGUCUACCAAAUGAAGGGCUCCCCCUGGUAGUUCUUCCUUACAUGAAGCAUGGAGAUUUACGUCACUUCAUCCGAUCAGAAAAAAGGAAUCCUACAGUUAAAGACUUAAUUGGCUUUGGGCUGCAAGUUGCCAGAGGAAUGGAGUACUUGGCACAAAAGAAGUUUGUACACAGAGACCUCGCUGCAAGAAACUGCAUGUUGGAUGAGUCCUACACCGUCAAGGUGGCCGAUUUUGGGAUGGCCAGGGAUGUAUUUGAUAAAGAGUAUUACAGCAUCCAGAAUCACCGAAAGGUCAAGUUACCAGUUAAGUGGAUGGCACUCGAAAGUCUACAGACACAGAAAUUUACAACAAAGUCAGACGUGUGGUCAUAUGGUGUGCUGCUUUGGGAGCUCCUCACAAGGGGAACGAGUCCCUACCCUGAAGUCGAUCCCUACGACAUCACCCGCUACCUCUUAAAAGGCAGAAGGCUUCCCCAGCCACAGUACUGUCCUGAUCCUCUGUUCACCACAAUGCUGCAAUGCUGGAAUCCUAUUCCUGAGCGGAGGCCGACGUUUGCUGAGCUCGUGGAUGAGGUGCAGCAGAUCAUGUCCAGCUUAGAUGGCGAGCACUACAUCAACCUCCGAGUGACCUACGUCAACCUGGAUCAGCCGCUGCCAUACCCCGCUGUGGAGGAGUCUGCAGACGAGCUGGAUUCGGACUCUUCUUCCUUGUAGAUAUCAGGAAUCAUUCAAUGUUUGCCUAAUAUGAGGGGGCAAAAGGCACAAUUUAAUUUCCCCUGUUUUUUGGGGGAGUCAAUUUUGUCGGCAAAUUGCAACAUAUAGAUGUUUUUUGCCAAACAAAUGACUACGCAUGAAAGUUGAGCAUAAUAAAAACUAGGACAUGAAUAUUGAUUAAAAAAAAAAAAUGGCUGUUCACAAAGCACUCCAAGGAAAGUUCACAUAAGGUUUAAGCAGUUUCGGUUGGGGUUUAUCAUCAGCAAGACAAGCAUUCCGGCACAUGAAAUUAGGAACAAGAUCCGACUUGCAGUGCACACUCCCUGACAAAACAAAUGUAUUAGUUUAUGAUGGAGGUGAGGUUGCCAUGUUCCUCUAUCUGGCCUAUGAGUCAUAGGAAGAGUUGAAUCGUAUGACACUCUUUAUGUACCACAUAGUGCAAUACCCCCCCGUCUCAAGUCCUGUUAUCAGAUGUUUUCUUUCUCCUAAUAAACUUGAUGACUUUAAAGAAAAUAUACAUAGGACUGGAUUAGUGUGCCUUACUAAGGCAGCAACCCUAACCCUAACCCUUUACUUCUAGGCAUUGCCGAGAAGUGAUGUUCAUUCUAGUCUAACUUAUUGUUUAAUUGUGUACAAUCUUCAUUUUUUUCUGUUUAACAUUAUCAUUAAUUACGUAGUAUUCCUUGUUGACUGUACAAGGUUAGUUAGAUGGCACACUACAAACAUUUUUAGUAAUAAAAUGCACUGCAUUUGUCAUUCCGACCGAAGGUGCGUCACAGACAUUAACACUCCUUUUUACAAAUCCCACACCAAAUUUCUGUAAUGCAUGUAAUAAAAAGCAUUGCAUUUUUAAUUUCAACACAUGGUGUUGUGUCUGCCUUUCUGACAGGUGGCGCAUCACAAACAUUUUUAGUAAGAAAAUGCACUGCAUUUGUCAUUCCAACCGAAGGUGUGUCACAAACAUUAACACUCCUUUUACAAAUUCAAUGCCAAACUUCUGUAAUGCAUGCAAUAAUAAAAAGCACUGCAUUUUUAAUUUCAACGGAUGGUGAUGUGUCUGCCAUUCUGACAGAUGGCACAUCACAAACGUUUUUAGUAAUAAAGUGAAUUGCAUUUGUCUUUCCAACCAAACACUGACACUGCUUUUAUGAAUCCCAUUCCAAAUGGCAUAUAGUAGAGUCAUAAUCUUUGCAUAGUGCACUGCAAAUAUUAAUGCUGAGGUUAGCAUUAAUUAUUUAGAUUUCAACAUGUCUUAGGUGCGUAGCACAGAUAGUAAUUACUAUAUUGACAUAACUAGCUGUCCUACCUGUCUAAGAUGAAUUGAAAUGUAAUUAAUCAAUGUAGUGAUCAAUAAUUAAGUAAAGAGUAAUCAGUAGUAAGUUGUAAUAGUAGUAAUCAGUAGUAAGUAAUCAAUGUAAUCAGCAUUAACAUUUGCAGUGCCCCCAUUCCUUUUGUAAUAUGGUUUGCAAGGCACAUAGUAAUAGAAUGCAUUGCAUUUGUCAUUCCAACAGAUGGUACAUCCACCUUAAGUGUCUGUGUGUCUGCCUGUGUGUCCAUCCAUUUGCUGUGUCUCUAUGAUUCCAACAGAUGGCACAUCACAAACAUUAACACCGCUUUUACAAGCUCCAUGCUAAAUGGCAUAUAACAGAGACAUAAGCAUUGGUGGUAGAAUUCAGCUCCUCAUAGAUGGGUAGCACAGCUAGUUAUUACUAUAUUGACAUAUUAACUAGCUGUGCUACCCGACUAAGGUGGGUUGAAAUCCAAGUAAUCAAUGUAGUUCUCAGUGUUAACAUUUGCAGUGCACCAUCCACUGGAAUGUGUUUUAUAACGUACAUAGUAAUAAAAUUCAUUGCAUUUGCCAUUCCAACAGAUGGUGCAUCCACCUUAAUAAAAGGAUAACUGUCUGUGUGUCCAUCCAGUUGUUAUGUCUCUGUGAUUCCAAAAGAUGGCACAGCACAAACAUCUUUAGUAAUAAAAUGCAUUGCAAUUUUUCUCAUUCUAACAGAUGGUGCACCAGAAACAUUUUUAGUAAUACAUUGCAUUUGUCAUUCCAACAGAUGGUGCAUCAAUCACAAACAUUAACACUGCUUUUACAUAUCCAAUACCAAAAGACAUAUAACAGAGACAUUUGUAUUGCAUGGUGCACUGCAAACGUUAAUGCGGAGGUUUACUUAGAUUUCAGCCCGUCCUAGUUAUUAUAUUUAUAUCAAGCCAGUAUGCUUUUAUAUAAUCUAGUACUGAAACUGUUAAUCUGUUUUCAUAGAACUCCAUUUGUAAAACUAGUCUAAAGCCGGAAUGUUCACAUUUUUGGUUUCUUGUAAUGUCAAGAUGAGAAGCGCAGGGGAUGUCAGGGUCACAGCUAUUGCUGCAAACAGUGAUUAAUGCUCAGGAUGCAACAGAACUUUAUUUAUUUAUUGAAAAAAAAAAUCUUAACACUUUUAUGCUUAAUUUAUUUUUCAAGCUUUGUUGUUUUUCUGAGCGUUUGGGAGUUCAUAAGGUGGGAUGGAUUCACCCUCUAAACCCGGUGUGCCCAACUCUUAUGCUGGAGGUCCGCCGUGGCUGCAGGUUUUCCUUCUUGAAUUGAUUUCUGUUCCCUUCAUCUUAACUGUUUUGGUUUUGAAGACUCAGUCCUCUGAGUUGAUUCUUUUUCUUUAAAUGGCAGUCAAACAGAAAUGAGAUGUGAGGCAAGCCAGCAUGGAUGACCAGCUAAGUCAGGGCCUCAGACUCCAACCAGUUUCUUACUUAGACGCCAGUUCUUGUUGUUAAUUAAAUUAUGUUAUAUCUAUGACACGUCGCCUCAUCCACCACAUGACAAACCAACUCAAGAUCCCAGAUUAGGACCCGAAUGCAGCCAUCCAACGGGUGACACCUCAGCACCACUCUAGUUCAGAGCUAGUUGGUGGCUGGAGUGCCAAUUCUGCCACCAAACCCCAGGUUUCUCCCUGCUGGAUGAGGAUUAACGUCAUACCCUGGACUGAGCAAUUGCAUGUUAAGGGCCCUGCUCGAGGGCCCAAUGGAGUAGAGUCACUUUUGGCAUUUGCGGGAUUCGAACUGGCAACCUUCUGAUUGCCAGUGCAGAUCCCUAUCUCAGAGCCACCACUCUGUCAUUUAAUUCCAUGGCUUAUCGGUGCUCUCCUUACUGCCACAACAGACGUUUCCAGGACUUUUGAUUGUCAUUUUUCAGAGAGCACCACUGUGUGAACCUGAGCUGAUCAGCAUCACCGAUGCCUUCACCUUUCUUUAUUUUCCGGUAUUGUAGGUGUUGACUCGCUGUGUAUCUCAUUGAUUGUCUGGCUGCUAAUUAAGGGAAAAUGAAACCAUUGAGGGGUCCGAGUCUGUUAAAAGCAAGGUAAAACAAUUUAAUGAGCAACUAAAACCAGUCACUAAUUAGGAAGAUGGUUAGAAUGAAAACCAGCAGCCACUCUGCGGCUCCCCGGGAUGGUAGUUGGACACCCCUGCUCUAAAAGCUCCUAAAUCCGCUUCUUUUAUCAGACACAUCACACUUUAGUUCAGAUUUUCCACAGUUCCUUCUCUCCCAUUUUCUUUCGACAACUCCAUUCGUUAAUCCCAUAAACUAAGUAAGGUUUGUUCUGCGGUUCCAUUUUGAUAAAUCAAAAGUAUUGUUAUUGUUGUACAGUAUGUAUAUAAAAAUCAAAUAAAGGGAUAACUGUGUGCAUGCCACAAAAAUAAAAGUGAGUUUUUGCACUAAGAGAUGAUUUGUAUAUUUUAGAUCUCCUUGUUGUUGUUGAUAAAGAAUCAGGAUUGAACUGUAAAGACUUGUUGAGAUCUUUUACACGGUGUACGAUAUUCUUUGAUUAUUACCAAAUUGACUUGGUUUGUGUGUGCCACGUGUAAAUAAAUGCAAUAAGUUGUGAUUGAA